CAGAAAUAUAGUGGCAUCUGCACUGAUUAUCUGAGCAAAGCAAACUAAGCGUGGAGCUCGUUUUAUGAGGAGAACACAAAUUGUAAAGCCAGCCAGACAACACAAAACUUUCCCAUAAUCAAACAAGUUCCGAAGAAAAUUAAAAUCAUAAACACUCCAAUAUAUUAUACUUUGGUAUACGAUAGAAGACACUCACUAUGUUUCGCGAUGUCACUAAGAACUCAAAGCAACGACUAACCGAUAAUAUAGUGUCGAUAUCGGUCGAUGUCGGUUCGAUCAUUUCAUGUUGCACUGCUUCUUCGCAAAUGCUGAUUGCGCGAAAUCCAAUUCUUUUGAUGGACUAUGUGCAAUUCUUGGCUGCUCGAGAGAUACAAAGACAUUGGCGCGGAUUUAAAACUCGGUGUUCAUUGAAGAGAGAGUGGCAGGCAGCGAACAUCAUCCAGCGUUGGUGGCGUGGCUACUGGGAGCGCAAGACCUUAUUCAAAUUCGUUGAGAAUAAAAUCCAAAAUUUGCUGCUAUCUCGCUACAAUAGAGCGGCAACGAAAAUUCAAGCGCUCUUCCGCGGCUGGAAGAUACGUCAGACGAUGCACGACUCAAAGGGUCUGGUCAGAAUGCAGAACUGUGCUGCCGAGGAUCUCUUGAACUGUGUGGCCUUCAAGCUGCAUUACAUGAUGCGAACUUAUCAAAUUCCAGGCGUAUACUCACUACGCAAUUCGCACUGUCUGUCGCGUGUAGAGAAGCUGCUGGCCAGCACUCAAUAUCGCUUCCAUAACAUCCGCGUCCACUCGGACAUGGCCUAUCGCAAGAACAUGGUGGAAAGGCACCGAAAGGAAUUUAAAGAUGCUAGGUUCUACGCGAAUGCGCCGUAUAAGGGUCCCAAUUUCAAUUCCGCUUGUAAGCCUCAUUGCAAAGAGUCCUUGUAUAACACUAAGGACGUCGACGCACGAAUGUUUAAAAUCAUUUCCGCUUACGAGAAAUCACAAGCAGAGCCCAAAGCUAAAAUUGUCUAUCAUAAUCUGGCUGAAAGGAAGCGUCGCCAUCAAAUAAAUCAGAUUCUUCAACGAAGUGAACGAGAGAAGAACAAUUUCUGUGCCGAUGUGAUUGCAAGCAUGCGCCGCUGGAGCAUUUGGAAUGGAAACAAAAUCACUAUUGACAAGGAUAUCUUUCGCAAUCUCGACAAGCUCGAGAGUUUCCUUGACGAGGCCUUCGAAAUAUUGUAUACUUAUUCCACUUGCCAUUGCAAAAUGCCAGUACACGACAUAGUUGUUUGUCAUUAAUAUUUUUAAAAUUUC